GACCUGCCUCGGUCACAUGACUCGAUCCUCUUCCUCUGGCUCUGCUCGGCUCCUCUGAGCACCAGCGCGAUCACACACCUUAUAGCGCCGCUGGAUCACAGCUGCAGGGCAGGUGGAGGCACCGCGGGUGGAGGAGCUGCAGAACUCCGUGAGAAAAACGCAGUUUUAGUUUCCGGUUCUGUGUCGGUGGCAGCUGGAAUAGAUCAGCUUGUGCUGAAACACGAGUGCCACUGAGGGUUUGACGGAGGCCGAGUGGACACUGAGGCGGAGACGUGUUUCUGGGUUUUCACCACUUUGUGUGUCAAGUCGUCUGUAGCUGAGCGGGCGGUGUUUGCAGUGUCCGCGUUCGCCUGCUGAGAGGACACAAAACCAAAAGCAUGCCGUCCAACAAAUCGGUGUCAGACGCUCCCAUCACUCAGUUCAUCAACUGCAGGAUCCUGAGGGACAACGAGCUGCAGAGAGAGGACCUGUGGGUGCGUGAGGGGAGGAUUUUAGACCCAGAGAAGCUGUUCUUCGAUGAACAGGGAUACGCUGACAAACGUGUGGACUGUGAGGGCAGCAUCAUCGCGCCGGGCUUCAUAGACGUCCAGAUCAACGGAGGUUACGGCAUCGACUUCUCGCAAGCGUCUGAGGACGUCAGUGAUGGAGUUUCGUUUGUUGCCAAAAAGAUCCUCGAGCACGGCGUGACGUCCUUCUGCCCGACUCUGGUCACCUCCCCUCCCGAAGUUUACCACAAGGUUCUGCCUCAGGUCAAAGUUCAUGAUGGAGGACCACAUGGAGCCGGAGUUCUCGGUUUUCACCUGGAGGGUCCGUUCAUCAGCGCAGAGAAGAAAGGGGCCCACCCAGAGAAAUACCUCCGCACCUUCAAGUCCGGAGGCCUCGAGGACCUGAUGGAGGUCUACGGCAGCCUGGACGAUGUUGCCAUAGUGACGCUGGCUCCUGAGCUGCCCGGCAGCCAAUCGGUGGUGAGGGAGCUGAGCCGGAGGGGCAUCACUGUGUCCUUAGGUCACUCAGCGGCCGACCUGUCGCAGGCCGAGGAGGCGGUGCAGCACGGCGCGACCUUCAUCACUCACCUGUUCAACGCCAUGCUGCCUUUCCACCAUCGUGACCCGGGUAUAGUGGGUCUGCUGACCAGCGACAGGAUCCCCGCAGGCAGGACGGUUUACUACGGCAUGAUAGCUGAUGGCAUCCACACCAACCCUGCAGCCCUGCGCAUCGCUCACAGAGCUCACCCGUCAGGUCUGGUGCUGGUGACGGACGCUAUCACCGCGAUGGGUCUUCCUCCCGGCCGUCACACUCUGGGCCAGCAGGUCAUUGAGAUCCAGGGUCUCCACGCUUACGUGGCAGGCACCAAGACUUUGAGCGGCAGUAUCGCCACAAUGGACAUGUGUGUGCGCCACUUCAAGCAGGCCUCAGGCUGCAGUGUACAGGAGGCUCUGGAAGCUGCCUCCCUGCAUCCGGCUCAGCUUCUGGGAAUCAGCCACAAAAAGGGAAAGCUGGACUACGGCUCCGACGCAGACCUCGUUCUGCUCGAUGAGGGCCUCAACGUCAAAGCCACCUAUAUCUCUGGAGAGGAGGUUUGGAGAAAAGGACAGUAGGAGAUGAAGAAGGAAACUGGACCGCCUGUGCCUUUGUACAUGAUCGACAUGGUUUUAAUGGACUGACUGAGUGCACCAGGCGCUGCAGGAAAACUGGACCAGAGUGAAAUAUUACUGCACUAUUAGUUUAUUAAAUGUCAGAUGAUGUGCUUUACUGUUAGAUGUGGAAAAUGAUUUCCUGCCUUUCAAACUACCAAAGAUUUCUGUUUAUUACCCUGAAAGUCAGCGUGCUCAUUGAUCGUGUGUUGCUGAAAGUCUGAUGUUGUGUUAAAGCAGCUGUAUGACCUCUGUAGGGUCAGGGGUCACGGUGAAGGUCACUGCACACCCUCAGUUUCUGUAAACUUCUCUUUUUCUUUGUUUGUUUCAAAUUUUACGGACACCAUCAACCGAGUGUGGACAGACUGCUGCUGGUGUGGAGCAGAUGUUAGCAUUAUUGUCUCAUAGUGAAAAGGUCCUGAGUUGGAACAGCCAGGCCAGCUGUGGUCUCUGGUUUGAACGUUUUCAGCCUUUAAAAGAAGAAAUAGUCACAUCGUGGACUCAUAACUGUCCGUGUGAGACCGACCUGGUGACAGGCUGUUCAGGAACUCAAAAGUAAGGGUGGUAAACUCGUGCCCAGGAAACUAUUUCAUGAAUCGCUCUCACUGGUAAAAUGCUGCCCCCUGGUGGUGAAUGUUAUAGUUACAGGACAGCGAGAACCUUUAACUCUUUACCCCUCAGGUGUCGACGAGGGUAACCCUCGUUUCUCUUUCCUGAUCUGAACAGAAGGAGAAAAACCUGGAAAUGAAUCUGAUUGUCGUCAAAUAUUAGACAGAUCGACAGAUGUUGGCUUUAUUGGGGAAAGAGCUGUGGCUGUGCUCGCUUUAACCAUGACCUUUGUGACAUCAGACAGAUCUGAGAGUACAAAAACUGUAAUAAACUGAGUGUUUACAGCAGUGUGAGCCUGAGCUUUGGCUCGCUCACACACUGAGCUCACAAUUAGAAACACUGGACAUAUUCAAUCUGAAAAUCCACCACAGAAACAGGAGGGAUACGACGGGGAAAGGAGAACGGGUCCGGUUUAAUACUGACACAGUAUGUAGUCUCAAACAGACACGAUGUCCUUUGGAGUAAAAGUACCAGUGUG